CGAGUGGCUCCUUAGAAUGAGAUAUUUUUUAGGACAGUGUGCUCGAAUAGUUGGCGUCGUCUCUCCGAGGCAAUAUAUUCAGGUGGCCCUGGUCAAGUAUCACUCAGGUUGAAACAGCAUCGCCUCUGAGCGACACUCAUUUUUUUCCGGCUCCAGGUAGCCUGAACCAGAGUCCAGAAUGGCACCUACAGAUUCAAAGAAAAAGGGGAAAACCAACUUGGAUGACCUUAAACGCGAACUUGAGUUGGAUGAGCAUCGUAUAUCCGCCGAAGAUCUCUAUCGUCGUAUGAAAUGUGAUCCGAUCAAGGGUUUGACAACAGCGCAAGCUAAAGCCAACUUUGAGCGUGAUGGUCCCAAUGCUCUGACGCCACCCAAGACGACGCCCGAAUGGGUCAAGUUUUGUAACCAACUCUUUGGCGGUUUCUCCAUGCUCUUGUGGAUCGGCGCUAUUCUUUGCUACGUCGCGUACACCAUUGAAGUCAGCAACAACCCAGACAUUCUUGGCGAUAACUUAUACCUAGGUAUCGUACUGACCACUGUGGUAGUCGUAACGGGCGUCUUCUCCUACAUGCAAGAAAGGAAGAGUAGCAAAAUCAUGGAGUCUUUCAAGAACUUGGUGCCGCAAUUUGCGCUAGUCGUCCGCGACGGACAGAAGGUCACCCUCAAAGCUGAACAACUCACCGUCGGCGACGUGGUUGAAGUCAAAUUCGGCGACCGAAUUCCGGCCGACAUCCGCAUCGUCGAAGCGCGCCAAUUCAAAGUCGACAACUCUUCGCUGACCGGAGAAUCGGAACCACAGAGCCGCAGCCCAGAGUUUACCAACGAAAAUCCUCUUGAAACAAAAAAUUUAGCUUUCUUUUCAACCAAUGCAGUUGAAGGUACGGCCAGGGGAAUCGUGGUUAACAUUGGUGACAACACGGUGAUGGGUCGCAUUGCCGGUUUGGCCGCUGGUUUGGACACUGGAAAAACCCCAAUUGCCCGCGAGAUUGAGCAUUUCAUCCACAUCAUUACGGGCGUUGCCGUCUUCCUCGGCGUGUCUUUCUUCAUAAUCGCCAUGAUUUUGGGCUACAACUGGCUUGAGGCUGUUAUCUUCUUGAUCGGUAUCAUCGUCGCCAACGUGCCCGAAGGUUUGCUGGCCACCGUCACCGUCUGUUUGACUCUGACGGCCAAGCGCAUGGCCAAGAAGAAUUGUCUCGUCAAGAACUUGGAAGCUGUAGAGACCCUUGGAUCCACGUCAACCAUUUGCUCCGACAAAACUGGAACAUUGACCCAAAAUCGCAUGACGGUCGCGCACAUGUGGUUUGACAACAAAAUUAUCGAAGCUGACACUACUGAAAAUCAAAGCGGUGCCCAAUACGACAAAUCCAGCACCGGAUGGAAGGCUUUGUCCCGUGUCGCCUGUUUAUGUAGUCGCGCCGAAUUUAAAAGCGGGCAGCAAGGUGUUGCUAUUAUGCAGCGCGACGUUAAUGGCGACGCUUCUGAAGCCGCACUACUUAAAUGUAUCGAAUUGGCUACCGGCGAAGCCAUGGCCAUUCGUGCACGUAACACCAAAGUUUGCGAAGUUCCAUUCAAUUCGACCAACAAGUACCAGGUGUCCAUUCACGAAAAUGAGGACAAGGCGGACGGUCGUUAUUUCCUAGCCAUGAAAGGUGCUCCGGAAAGGAUUCUUGACCUCUGCUCGACGAUUUUUAUCAAUGGAGAAGAGAAACCUAUGGACGAAGAGAUGAAAGAAGCUUUCAAUGCUGCUUAUAUGGAACUCGGCGGAAUGGGCGAACGUGUCUUGGGAUUCUGCGAUUACCAUUUGCCUCUUAAUGAGUAUCCCAAAGGCUACAAAUUCGACGCGGAUGAAAUUAACUUUCCAAUUAGUGGACUACGUUUCGUCGGUCUCAUGUCCAUGAUCGAUCCUCCUCGAGCUGCCGUCCCAGAUGCCGUCGCCAAAUGUCGUUCAGCCGGCAUCAAAGUGAUCAUGGUGACGGGUGAUCAUCCUAUCACGGCCAAAGCCAUUGCUCGUUCAGUUGGAAUCAUUUCGCACGAUAGUGAGACAGUCGAAGAUAUUGCCACCCGUCUGAACGUGCCAAUGAACAAAGUCAACCCUCGUGAUGCAACAGCUGCCGUCAUUUCUGGCUCUGAGCUGCGCGACAUGGAUUCAUACCAACUUGAUUCCGUUUUAAGCCAUCACGCAGAAAUCGUUUUUGCACGUACAUCUCCUCAGCAAAAGCUUAUCAUCGUCGAAGGUUGUCAGCGUGCCGGUGCUAUUGUGGCAGUCACUGGUGACGGUGUCAACGAUUCGCCCGCCUUGAAGAAAGCCGAUAUCGGUAUAAAUACGUUCUAUAAUUCACCUGUUGUAACGAUGUAUUCAAUGGAACUUUGGAUGAUUGCAGGUGUGGCUAUGGGUAUCGCCGGCUCGGAUGUUUCCAAACAAGCUGCCGACAUGAUUUUGCUGGAUGACAACUUUGCUUCUAUCGUGACUGGUGUUGAGGAAGGCCGUCUGAUCUUUGAUAACUUAAAGAAAUCGAUUGCUUAUACGCUCACUUCGAACAUUCCGGAAAUCUCGCCGUUCUUGAUCUUCAUCCUAGCCGAUAUUCCUCUGCCACUGGGAACUGUUACGAUUCUCUGCAUCGAUCUUGGAACAGAUAUGGUGCCAGCCAUUUCUCUGGCAUACGAGAAAGCCGAAGCUGACAUCAUGAAGAGACGUCCACGUAAUCCUAAGACCGAUAACCUUGUCAAUGAUAGAUUAAUUUCCAUGGCCUACGGUCAAAUUGGUAUGAUGCAAGCCUCUGCCGGCUUCUUUACAUAUUUUGUUAUCAUGGCUGAGAAUGGCUUUUGGCCCAGCUACUUGUUUGGCAUCCGUAGGCAAUGGGAUUCGAGAGCGAUUAACGACCUGCCAGAUUCAUACGGACAAGAAUGGACUUACGAUAAUCGCAAGAAACUCGAGUACACCUGCCACACCGCCUUUUUCAUUUCAAUCGUCGUCGUCCAAUGGGCUGAUUUGAUCAUUUGUAAGACGCGUCGCAACUCCCUCUUCCAACAAGGUAUGCGCAAUCACGUCCUGACGUUCGGACUUUUCUUCGAAACGGCCGUCGCUUGUGCCCUCUCCUACACUCCCGGAAUGGACAAGGGUCUCCGCAUGUACCCUCUCAAGUUGAACUGGUGGGUACCCGCUAUGCCGUUCUCCAUACUGAUUUUCGUCUACGACGAAACGCGAAAGCUGAUUCUUCGACACAAUCCAGGCGGUUGGCUAGAUAAAGAAACAUACUAUUAGAAAACAACUGUUUUGAGAUCAUUUCAAACAACUUUGGCAGUUGCGCAAACGCUAAGCGAGGGUAAAAAAGGAUUGUGCAUCUAACCAGUCAAACUAUAAAAAAAGCUUCUGUUGUAAUACGAAGAUCUGAAGUUGGACAUAACCCACCCCCCCACAGUAACAAGUUAAAAUGUAAUUGCCACUGCCCCAAUCUUGUUAAACAAUCUACUGCUGAUCAAAAUAGAUACAUUGUCUUGUCUCGGAA